UAAACAUCGGCCCUGUUCAUCAGUUACAUUCCAAACAUCGAGCCUGACGUACAAUUUAGAAGCUAAAAUUUUUCUUUUUCUGUUUGAAUUUGUUAAAAUUAAAAUUAUUCAUUUAUUUUUUGGAUAAUCUAAAUUUUAUUUCCCAAUUUCAAAACAAAAUGUCGGUCUAUCGUAAGCGCCUCAUGAACCUAAUGAAGGCCCACCGCCGACUGACCUCGGGAUCCAACCGCCGCCAGCCAAUAUUCGAUGUUGAGACCAGAAAGGAUUUCGAGAAGAGGGUGAUAAACAGUGAUCGUCCUGUAGUGGUUGAUUUUCAUGCCAGCUGGUGCUGCCCUUGCAAGGCCCUGGCUCCCCGGCUGGAGAACAUUGUCAGUGAACAGGGUGGCAGGGUGCGAUUGGCACGCGUGGACAUCGAUGAGCACGGAGAACUGGCCAUGGACUACAAUGUGGGCUCCGUGCCGUCCCUGGUGGUCAUCCACAAGGGCAAGGUCGUUAACCGGAUGGUUGGGCUUCAGACAAGCGAGUAUAUCCGCGACUGGUUGAAGAAAGUGAUGUCACAUGACGAUAAUUAAUUCAAGGAUAUGUCAUUCAAAUAGUGGGAUUUCGUACAAUGUAGGCUCGAAUAAAGUUGGCUUUAAGCAAUGUAAACGGCAA